AUGCUUAAACUUUAAUGUGCUAGUGGUCAUGAAUAUUUAGUUGAUAUGUUUUGUACAAAUCCAUUUUGUAAAGAGAAAAGAUUAUAUUGCUAUGAAUAAUGCCAAAAAUUGUAAUAUAGGCAUUCAGGUCAUAGUUAAAAUACUGAGAAAAUUUAGGAGCUUUGUAAUUAUUUGAAAGGCAUUUCAUAAUAAUGCUAUGAAUUAGUAAAUGAUUUAGAAUUCUAAUUUUUAAAAGUGGAGCAAGUUUUCAAACAAUUUAAAAAUGACAUUUUAUCUAAAUAUUCUAUAUCUUAAGGAGUACUAAAACAAUUAAAUUCAAAUCAAAUUAAUGAAGCUUUAUGCAAUUUUGUUAGAUUUAAUGAAGAAAAAUAAAAAUUAUCAACAUAUUUUAAAGAAAUAAGUAAUUAAUUUAUAUUAAGUUUGGAAAAUUGUAGUGAAGAAUAUGAAAUAUCUCAAUAGGAUUAUUUCAAAAAUUCUGAGGAUAUUUUCAAUUUAAAUUCUAAACACUUUUCAUAUGUUUUAAUUUAAGAAAACAGAAUAAAUCAAUCAACUAGAUGUUGUUCAUUUACAUUCAAUAACGAUUCAUCUAUUAUUAUAGUUGGAUUGGAGAAUGGUGAUAUUCAGAUAUAUGAAUUAACUAAUGAAUUGAUGAAAUAAAAGUAAAUUUGCAAAAUUCAUACAGAUGCGGUAUAUUGCUUAUAAUUUAUGAAAAAAUCUAAUCAAUUUGUUUCUGGAAGUGGAGAUACAUCUAUUAUUAUAUGGUCACUCAAUGAUUAAUUAUAAUGGUUUAAUAGUUAUAAAUUAAUAGGACAUACUGGAAUUAUGAUGUGUUUAAUUAUAGAUAGUAGUGAAAAUGUGAUUUUCUCAGGGAACAGUGAUUCUAUGAUUAAAAUUUGGGAUAAAUAAAAUAAUAAAUACUUAUGUAAAUAAACAUUAAAUGAAAAUAAAGGAGAUAUAUUAUCAAUAAGUUUGAAUCCUGAACAGAACAUAUUGAUUUCAUGUGUGGAAGAAUAAAAUUAUCUUAUUGUGUAUUAAAAUAAACAUAAUUUAUGGAAUAUUUAUUAAAAAAUAGAAAUAUAACUUUGGGGAUAUAGACUAUGCUUUAUAGACAACAAAAGUUUUACAUUUUAAUCUAAUCUAUCUAAAUUCAUGGAAAUUUAUGAAAUAAAUCAAGAAACUAAAUUAUUUACCUAAAUAAAUUAGGUUCCUGUAAAAACAAGUACUUAAUGCGAUGCAUUAUUCCCAUAGCAAUAUAUUUAAUAGAAAUCUAUUUUAAUAAACAAGAAUGGAUAAUUUAUUAAUUUAUUCAGGAUUAUGCCAAAUCUAUCAAUUCAAAGUUAGGAAUCCAUCAAAUUUGGUAGUGAAUACAUAUAUGGAGCAUUAGAUAGAAAUGCUGAAUAUUUAAUAACAUGGGAUGAUUAUUCCUAACAGAUAUAAUUACGAAAAUACAAAGAAGAAUAGAUAAUUAUUUGA